AUGCAUUCGCAGCUCGACAGACUAGUUGGCCUUGGGAUGCUCAUCACCGCAACUGUCGUGUUUCUGUACUAUAGCAUAUGGACGCUUCUUAUGCCAUUUGUCGAUGAAGGGCACCCUCUCCAAAACUUCUUUCCUCCACGAGUCUGGGCUAUUCGCAUACCCGUCAUUCUUAUUCUCUUAGCAUCAGCCGUCGUAGGAUCCUUCUUGAGUGUGGUUAUGAUCAGGAGCAACAGAAAACGAGCCGCAAAAGCCAAGGCAGCUGGAAAGAAGAAGGCGUAG